GUGGGAGUUGUCCCACCAACAUCAGCCACGUGGAAUAAACCUGCGCUGUCUAUAUUAUCACUGAUAAUAUAGACAAUAUCAUUGUUGGAUUGAUGAAGUAAUACAAUAGAUUGUCGUUCAUGUGUGUAAAAGUGACCGUUAUUAGCCGCUAAACUUGCCAAUGAGAACCGUUGGGUGUCUGUUUGCGUCAGACUUUACGCGCCUCACCGCAUGUCAAUUUCCAUCAAGGAGCUCUCGGUGAUUUCGCAUCUCAGAGCGCGCAGAGGAGAGAUGGAUGAAUAUUUGCCUUACUGAACGUGGGGAUUUUUUAAAAACUGUUUUUGAAUAUAGACUGUUGUUCAACUUCGAAUAAGAUUCUGGACAAAGCAGCGUACCCCAACUGCCUCUUUCUUCACAUCUCUGUGGAUUCGACCCUCUGAACAUCUCUGACCCUAGUCGUCAGACUCCUACCACCCACCGUCACCAUGCUUAAGAACAGCAAGGUGACCCUGGGACUCCCUCACAGUGAUCCAGUCACUGAGUCAGUGGCGGACCUCCUGACCCUGGCUGAGCCCCUGGACUAUAAGAGCAGCCGGAUGAGUAUGGGUCCCGGGGCCCAGACAGCCAUGGGCAAGGGCCUGCUGCCUUCUCCAGGGGACGAAGAGGGGAGGCCGGCCUGGAACAGCAAGCUGCAGUACAUCCUGGCCCAGGUUGGGUUUUCUGUAGGCCUGGGCAACGUCUGGAGGUUCCCUUACCUGUGUCAGAAGAAUGGAGGAGGUGCGUACCUGGUCCCUUACUUUAUCCUCCUCAUUCUCAUUGGGAUCCCUCUGUUCUUUCUGGAGCUGGCGGUGGGACAGAGGAUCCGGCGUGGGAGCAUUGGAGUGUGGAACUAUGUUUACCCUCAGCUAGGAGGCAUCGGGGUCUCCAGUCUAAUGGUGUGUGGCUUCGUGGGCCUUUACUACAACGUGAUCAUCGGCUGGAGUAUCUUCUACUUCUUCCAGUCCUUCCAGUACCCACUGCCCUGGGCAGAGUGCCCCAUCAGGGUGGUCAAUGGAAGCCAAGCUAUAAUCGAACCGGAGUGUGAAAAGUCUUCUGCAACCACCUACUUCUGGUACCGGCAGACCUUGAACAUCACCAGCACCAUCGAGGACAGUGGAGGCCUCAACUGGAAGAUGACCCUGUCCCUGUUCGCCGCCUGGCUCAUCGUCUGUCUGGCAGUGAUCAAGGGUAUUCAGUCAUCUGGGAAGGUGAUGUACUUCAGCUCUCUCUUCCCCUAUGUGGUGUUGAUCUGUUUCCUCGUCAGAGGCCUGAUGCUCAAAGGAUCUGUUGACGGCAUCGCUCACAUGUUCACCCCAAAGUUAGAGAAGAUGCUGGAGCCCCAGGUUUGGAGGGAGGCGGCCACCCAGGUGUUCUUCGCUCUGGGCCUUGGGUUCGGAGGGGUCAUAGCCUUCUCCAGCUACAACAAGCGGGACAACAACUGCCACUUUGACGCAGCGCUGGUCUCUAUCAUCAACUUCAUCACCUCCAUCCUGGCUACGCUGGUGGUGUUCGCCGUGCUGGGGUUCAAGGCCAACAUCAUGAACGAGAAAUGUGUUGUGGAGAAUGCAGAGAAGAUCCUAGGUUACCUUAAGUCAGGUGUGUUGAGUCUUGAGCUGAUCCCUCCCCACGUCAACUUCUCUCACCUGUCAGCUUUGGACUAUCAGGAGAUGUAUGGAGUGAUCAAGACUGUCAGGGAGGACAGCUUCGAUCAGCUAGGACUGGACCCCUGUAUACUGGAGGACGAACUCAACAAGGCAGUGCAGGGUACAGGCCUGGCCUUCAUUGCCUUCACUGAAGCCAUGACCCACUUCCCUGCCUCUCCCUUCUGGUCUGUCAUGUUCUUCUUCAUGCUGAUUAACCUGGGCCUGGGGUCCAUGAUCGGCACCAUGACAGGGAUCACCACACCUGUACUGGACGCCUUUCCCAAGAUCCGCAAGGAGUUCCUCUGUGUUGGUUGUUGCAUUGUGGCGUUCUUCUGCGGCCUGCUGUUCGUCCAACGCUCCGGGAACUACUUUGUGACCAUGUUUGAUGACUACUCAGCUGGCCUGCCUCUCACUGUGGUGGUUAUACUGGAGAAUAUAUCUGUGGCCUGGAUCUACGGCACCAAGAGGUUCAUGCAGGAUCUAGAGGACAUGUUGGGUUUCAGACCCUACUCUUUCUAUUUCUAUAUGUGGAAGUACGUGUCUCCUGCCUGUCUCACCGUGCUCAUCAUUGCCACUGUGAUAGAGAUGGCCGUCAGUCCUGCAGGGUACAACGCCUGGGUGGAGGAACUGGCGUCCGAGAAGUUCCUCUCCUACCCACCGUGGGCUCUGGGCGUGGCCUACUCCCUCAUCAUCGCCGCCAUGCUUCCUCUCCCCUGCGUCUUCAUCGCCCGCCACUUCAACCUGCUCUCUGACGGCUCCAACAAGCUGUCCGUCUCCUACCGUAAAGGCAUGACCAAGGACCUCUCUGGCCUAGAGGAAGAGAACGAGUCUCGCUUCAUCCUCAGUAAAGGCACACCCAGCCCCAGCCCCUCACCCAUGCCUUCUCACCGCCCCUACCUGGGGCCCGGCGGAGCCCAGGAGAUGACCAACACGGCUGGAUAUGGUACCGGGACACCGACCAAGACGGGUUAUCAGAAUAUUAAUUCGCCAGAGUCCGAACUAUGAUCGAUCUGACUGACUGAAGCACAACACACCCUAUCUAUCAAACACAACUCAAGAAAACCCAGAGAGAGAGAGAGAGAGAGAGAGAGAGAGAGAGCACUGCCGGGGGAGGUUUUAGUGUAACCUCCACUUCAUUCCUCCACUUCAUCCCUCCAUUACAGAACAGCAUCUCUCCAUCCUCCAGAAUUAGGAUCUCUUCUUCUCCAGGUAAUGUGGUUAAGAUGUACGGUGUGUUUUGGUGUAACUGUGUUAAAGUCAAGGUGUCCCAAACACUGCAAUACGACGGUCAAACUGAUCAUAGACCUUCAGUGUUUUUUCUUUUUGUUUGAGCUAGGUUUAUUUUGGGUGAUGGAAGGAGCUGUGUUAUCUCAGGAAGAAGCUCAUAAAGUCAUUUCUUCAUUCCAUAAAAGAGGACUAUAUCUCAUAGAGUAGAAGGGGAUUCAGACUAGUACACAACCUUUUUCACUUCACGAAGCACCACUUUCUUCUCUCCCUUUUAUCACAUGAAACAAUCUCUACAGACCCUCUUAGUGGAAAUGUGACCUGGUCUGCAUCCUAAAUGAAACCCUAUGGGCUCUGGUCAAAAAUAGUGCACUAUAUAGGGAAUAGGGGUCCAUAGGACUCUGGUCAGAAGUAGCACACUAUAUAGGGAAUAGGGGUCCAUAGGACUCUGGUCAAAAGUAGCACACUAUAUAGGGAAUAGGGUGCCAUUUGGGAUGCAUCUCAGUAGUAAAUCAUUCUUCUAAAGCGUCGUACCUUAACUCUUAAAGGUGAGCUAUUGUACCCAUCCAGUAAAAUGGAUGGGUACCCCCCCCUCUCUCUCUACUGUUCACCUAGCUGUAAAACACAGCCCCCCCUCUCUCUCUACUGUUCACCUAGCUGUAAA